AUACGCGCGUGGAGACCAUGGCGUACCCAGGACUAUCUGACGAGCUGUCAGAAAAAUAGCCCUCGAAAAACGGGUCAACGCCGCAUAUUAACGACACUAGACUUGGACACUGUGAGAAUUAAAGAUGGGGUCCCGUAUCAAGGACAACCCAGAGGCCACCUUUGAGGUGUACCUGGAAGUGACCCACCCUGGAACCGCUGGCUCUGAUCCGGAGGUGCGGAGGCGAUUCCCCGAAGACUACAUCGACCAGGAAACUCUUCAGACAGUCCCCAAGUUCUGCUUCCCCUUCAGUGUGGACAGUCUGUUGGUGAGCCAAGUGGGCCAGAAUUUCACCUUUGUGCUGACAGAUAUCGAGAGCAAGCAGCGGUUCGGCUUCUGCCGCCUCUCGUCAGGGGCCCACAGCUGCUACUGCAUCCUCAGCUAUCUGCCUUGGUUUGAGGUGUUCUACAAGUUGCUCAAUAUCCUCGCUGACUACACAAUCAAAGGCCAGGAGAGUCAGUGGCAAGAGCUCCUGGAGUCACUUCACACACUCCCCAUCCCUGAUCCUAGAGUGCCUGUCCAUCUUAGCAUGCAUUCUUACUUCACUGUGCCUGAUACAAGGGAACUUCCCAGCAUACCUGAAAGUAGAAACCUAACAGAAUAUUUUGUAGCUGUAGAUGUCAAUAACAUGCUCCAUCUGUACGCUAGUAUGCUUUAUGAGCGUCGAAUCCUCAUCUGCUGUAGCAAACUAAGCACUUUAACUGCGUGUGUUCAUGGGUCGGCGGCCAUGAUGUACCCCAUGUAUUGGCAACACGUUUACAUUCCCGUCCUGCCUCAGCACCUUAUAGACUACUGCUGUGCGCCCAUGCCCUACCUCAUUGGAGUACAUUCCAGCCUAAUGGAGAAGGUGAGGGGGAUGGCCCUGGAUGAUGUGGUAGUCCUCAACGUAGACAACAACACCAUGGAAACACCCUUCGACGACCUCCAAAGCCUGCCUAACGACAUGGUGUCCUCCUUAAAGAACCGCCUAAAGAAGGUUUCCACAACGACAGGAGACGGCGUGGCUCGAGCCUUUCUCAGAACACAGGCCGCUCUCUUCGGCAGCUACAGGAACGCACUGCAGAUUGAACCGGGAGAGCCAAUCACGUUCAGUGAGGAGGUCUUCGUGACCCACCGAUCCAGUGCCAUGAGACAGUUCCUGCAGAACGCCAUCCAGCUGCAGCUCUUCAAACAGUUCAUCGAUGGCCGCUUGGACCUUCUGAAUGCCGGUGAGGGCUUCAGGGAUAUUUUCGAGGAUGAGAUCAACAUGGGAGAGUAUGCAGGCAGCGACAAGAACUACCACCAGUGGCUAUUCACUGUCAAGAAAGGGGGCGGAGCUAUCUUCAACACAGUGAGGACCAAGGCUAACCCUGCCAUGAAAACGGUCUAUAAGUUUGCUAAAGAUCAUGCCAGGAUGGGGAUAAAGGAAGUCAAGAGCCGGCUAAAACAAAAGGAGCUGGCAGAGAAUGGCUACUCCUCGACAGCAGACACAGGUGGCACAGGAGCGGGUACCGGGGAGGAAGACACUACGGCCGGGUCGCCCCCCUCCGCUGGCAGGAAGGACAGUGCCCGCACCUGGGAUGAACGGCAGCCCAUCACGGCGCACUUUGGACGGCCCCUCCGAGCCCCUCCCCCUCGACCCCAUCCUCCCAGGCUCCAGAGCGGCAACUCGCAGCCCGCCCAUCCAUCCAGGCUACUGGUGGCGAAGAGACCUCGCAGCAACGUGGGCCUGGAGAGCAGCCCUGAACAUUGUGUCCGUCCCACACGUCACUACACAGUCUUUCUGUCCGAGGACUCCUCAGGCGACGAGCUGCAGCACGAAGACGACUCCAUCACUGGCUUCCCCGAAAGCUUUCUCUUCUCCGCCCCGUUUGAAUGGUCACCCCUGCCGCAGCCUUACCGCUCCCUGAAGGAGGCAGAGUUUGCAGAGGAACCCAGCAGCGGCCCCUCCUACACGGCCCCACCCAGCCCGGUGAUGGAGAAGUUUGCGGACAUCAACCUGCUAGGGGACAUGUUCAGCUGCUUGGAUGAGACCGAGGGCCAGCAGCUCAGCCUUGCCAGGAGCCUGGAGGACCUCCGCAUUCCCAAAGACCCCCAGGAGCAGCAGAAAUUCACCUACCAGCGCAUGGACCUGAGCGGCAGUGAGCACACGUGCACCCUCCCAGGCCUCAAACACCCCAACCCUUACAACAAGAUGUGGAGUAUGCAUGGGCAAGAUGACAUGGCCUUGGCCAGCCGGUUGUCUCCGAACUGGGACGGACCCCUGUCCGUGCCCCCCCCUGAACUUGAGGAGCCACGGUCCCCCAGCCGAGAAAGCUUCGGUCCCGGGGUCCCUGAGCUGCCGGAUCCCUCCGCCACCCCUAGCCAAGGGGGGUGCAUCACCAUCCCCCGCCCCCAGGGGAGGAAAACCCCAGAGCCAGGGAAGGUCUUGGGUGCGCCACCGGUGCACGAGCCACAAAACAAGCCAGGAGUGGCGGGGGAGGGUGGGACCACUACGGCAGGGGGUCAGGAGUUCCGGCAGGCCCUUGGGAUGGGGGGUAACCUGAUGCUGCAGCCCACCAAGAUAGACUUCAGCGAAGGUGAGGACAUGGAUCUGCUCAGCCUCCUUGACCCCCUGAACAACCCAGCCCAAACCACCACCACCCCAGCCUCGGCAGGGGAAGGAGCAGACUCCCUUUCCGGUGCUGCCCCUCCAUCCUCCAGGACCGUUUUCCCGUCAUGGCCCUAUCCCCAGAGCCUGCCCCCCUUCCACCAGCACAUGCCUUUCAACCCCUUCACCACGCCCCUCGGUUACCCUACCCACAGACCCUACUUGCCCACCGUGGCGGGGAAUCCCUUCAGUGGAGGCGCAUGCAGGACUCCUGCCUCUGCCUAUUUCCAUGCCACCCCCCAUGGUCAUCCUCCUCACCCUCUCUCCACAAUUCUGGGGCUCUACAGACUGUCCUCCCCUGUCGGGUCCACCCUCCCCCCUGGCAUGGGCUCUAUGCGGCCUGCCUUCCCCAAUCAUGGCGGUCCUCCCCUCACCUCUUCAGACAGCCUGUUGAACUCCCCCACAGCCCCCAUCCCUAAGCCUCCCAACACAACAGAGGACUCUGAGACUCAGGAUCCCUUUGGGGACCUACUGGCCAUGGCCAUGCCGACCGUCACACUACCUAAAAAGAAGGACCUUCGGGGGAAGUGGGAGACUUUUGACUAACCCCCCAAUGACACUAAGUGACGUUCCACUUAGUGGCAUUGUCUUAUGUACCCCUUCCCUGCACCAGCUUAUGCUGCUGAUCAAUGAGGAAUAGAGUCUGUGUGUCAGGUGACAAAUCGAGAAGCUGGUUUCCACACGGUCCCCUCCCCCAGUCACUUGGACAAGUCCGUUCCCCCUCUGCUGAGCGUCGGAGUUCGAGCCUUUCCUUCUUACUUUUUCUCUUUCUCUGUCUCUCACCCUCUAUCGCUCUCUUUCGUCCUUUAGCCAGGAAUGGGACUCUAAACCUGGCUUUACUUCUUUCAGUAUGCUGAUAUGUCAACCGUGCACAGCCCAUGCUAGCGCACUCUUGCACAGUGUCUCUUAGCUUAGCCUAUAGCUUUGCUUAGCUCAAACAGUAAAUUGUGUGGCCUCUAAAAUGCAUCUUGAUUCUAUCCUGAGACCAAGCACCAAAAGGCCAGCACAUCUCAGAAACUGUCAGAGCCAUGUCUGUCACUACAAUGAUAAUGCUAAUCAUUAGAGUAGCCAGUAGUCCGCAUUUGUGGAUUGCCCAGGUUAACAGCGCAUUACAAACAUGCAGUCAGUCCAGCCUCGAUGUCUUCAGCUGUGUCAUGCUAAACAAUUUCUUUUAGAGGAAACACUCAAACGAUACAUGAUUUUGUUUGUCUGGACUCACCUCUGUACAAACUAAUGGAACGUACUCAUUCACUGAAGCAAAUCUGCCGGAAAAUAUCACACAUUUAAAAAAAUACUACAGUUUACUACAGUUGAAGUCGGAAGUUUACAUACACCUUAGCCAAAUACAUUUAAACUCAGUUUUUCACAAUUCCUGACAUUUAAUCCUAGUAAAAUAUCCCUGUCUUAGGUCAGUUAGGAUCACCACUUUAUUUUAAGAAUGUGAAAUGUCAGAAUAAUAGUAGAGAGAAUGAUUUAUUUCAGCUUUUAUUUCUUUCAUCACAUUCCCAGUGGGUCAGAAGUUU